UUAUUGCAAAGAUCGCCAAUUCUUCAAGAGCAAAAGACAAAUAGUGAUUUCAAAUUGGAUAAACUGGUUGAACUGAAAAGCACUCUGUUAUCUGGUUCCGUCUCGGACAAACCUAUCGUCAACAGUUUUCAUAAAGAUAUUAAUUGGUACAAUAAUAAUCGAGACAAUCCUCUUCAUGGAGAUGAUGAUGCUCACAGAAUAUCAAAAACAUUUAAUAAAGAUUUUAAUCUCAACUUUGAGUCAACGCCAGUGAAUGAAGCAGAUCAAAUCGCGGCACAAGUCGGUGUGGAUCUUUCUGAAUUCCUUGCCAGAUGUGUUAAACUAAAAAAGGCAGAAGAAACAGUUUGCGAUAUUUUCACAAUUUUACCUGGAUCCACUGCCAUUGCCAGAAUACAGCAUAGAGACAAACCACAAUGCAGGCAUCCGAAGAAUGACAACAAACUUCCCCAAGGUUCAGUGGAGGCAAUCGAAGUCCAUCAAGUACCACUCGAUUGA